AUGCUUACCCUCCUUCAUUUACUCAGCUGCCUUCCAUUACCUCCCUUUUCCCCCCUCUUCCCCUCCCUCCCCUCACUUUCCCCCUCUGCUCGCUCCCUCCUCUCGCUCCCUGUGUGGCGGCAUGCCAGCUGCCAACACUGGCGCCUGCAUGUGCAGCAAUGGCUACACCAAGAAGAAGGGCCUCUGCAUUGCCGUGUGCAAGCCAGCAUGCCCCAGCAAAGCUGCGUGUGUGGUGGAGGAGGGCAAGCCCGUGUGUCGCUGCAAGCAGGGAUACGUGAUGAAGAAGAACAAGUGCACGCGCUCAAUGCCACUGUCCACGUGACGGCUUGGUUGAGCUGCCAAUGGGGUGGUGGGAGGAGCACCACUGGAGGAGAAGCGCUCAGCAGCUGUGUCAUCCUAGAUUCGAGCAUUCUCUGUAUUUGCCCACCUUGGGUGCUGCACUAUCAACACCACCAAUGUUGCUACAAUGGUCCACCCAUGCUACAAUGUUUCUAG